AUGGCCAAUGUAACCAAAGACCCCCUUUACAAUGCAGUUAGAAAAGAUGAUGGGAAAAGACAGACUGUUAGGGCUCAGGAACUUGUGUGUCGAGCCAGGGUUGAAAUGCCAGAGGGUGGAGCUGGGAUCCCGGAACUUGAAAAAUUUCAGGGGUUUUUGAGAGACUACAAAAUUGUCGUGUACAACUAUGACAGGAAAGGACACCCUAACCACAAAUGCUAUAUGAAACCAGACACAAGAGAGCCUAAAUCCAAAAACUUUUUGUUUAUUUUCUUUGACUUGGAAACCCGUCAAGAUGAGUCCCUGCCCUCAGAUCCCGAGUCUAAAUUGCAUCAAGUGAACUUGUGUGUGUCACAACAGUUUUGCUAUCAGUGUAUUGAGGCUAAAUUUUGUAUGGCUUGUAAAAAUCGUACGCGAGUGUUUAGUUCUGAACCAAUCACUCAGUUCAUGGACUAUGUGAUGCAAGUCCGUAAAAAUUUUAAAGAUGUCUGUGUCAUCGCACACAAUGGGCAGGGCUUUGAUUUCCAGUUUUUGCUCAAGUAUGUGCUGGAGGAUACGAAGUUCACUCCGAAACUUGUAAUGCGGGGAACUAAGGUAAUUUUGAUGGAGAUUGACAAUGUGAGGUUUGUUGAUUCACUUAGUUAUUUCCCUAUGCCUCUUGCUGCACUACCUAAAGCCUUUGACCUUCCCCCGGAAAAGAAGAAAGGCUAUUUUCCCCACCUCUUCAACACCCUUAAGAAUCAAAAUUAUGUGGGUCCUAUGCCGGCAAAGGAGUUUUACUGCCCAGAAUCUAUGUUUGAAAAAUCACACAAAGAUUUUGAAAGAUGGUAUAAUGAUCAGGUUGGAAACCACGUUACAUUUGAUUUUAAGAAAGAAAUCCUAGAGUAUUGUAUGUCGGACGUUGAUAUCUUGGCUCAAGCUUGUUUAAAGUUCCGUUCAAUUUUCCUGCAAGAGUGUAAUGUGGACCCGUUUCUCGAGGCUGUAACCAUUGCCAGUGCUUGUAACUUGGCCUUCCGUCGGAAAUUUUUGAAGAAAAAUACCAUCGGCAUCGUUCCUAAAAAUGGCUAUAGGCUUACAGACGCCCAAUCGGCAAUCGCGUUACAGUGGCUAACGUGGGAAGAGGAGAAACGUGGAGUUAGAAUAGAACACGCCGGCCGUGGAAAAGAAGUUAAGAUUAGUGGAAUGAAAGUUGAUGGUUUUGACGGUCAAAAUAUUUAUGAAUUUCAAGGCUGCUACUGGCAUGGCUGCCCUAAAUGCUUUCCCUAUGAUCGUGAACUUGCUUUGAAAGAGGAUCCCUCUGACUCACUCCAUUUGCGGUAUGAACGGACCAAAUCGAAAAUAGCAAAGUUGGGUGAUAACGUUGUACAAAUGUGGGAAUGUGAGUUUAGAAAGUUAAAAAAGACAGAAAACCUGAAACACCUAGAAAAGUUGCCGAUCCUCAACAAUUUACCUCUGAAUCCGAGGCAAGCAUUUUUUGGGGGCCGAACCGGGAAUGCCAAAACCUAUCACAAAUGCGCCGAAGGGGAAACCAUUGAGUAUGUGGAUGUAUGCUCUCUCUAUCCCUGGGUAUGUAAAUACGGCAAGUACCCUGUAGGCCAUCCAACGAUCUAUGUAGGAGACAAAGAGUGUAGACAGAGAGGUCUCAAUGUUGAGGGUCUAUUAAAGUGUAAAGUACUUCCACCUCGUGAGCUCUAUCACCCCGUUCUCCUAGCCAAAAUGAAUGACAAGUUAAUGUUUGUUUUGUGUGCGACUUGUGGAGAUGGUCAGAUUCAAACUGAUUGCGACCACGAAAGUGGUGACAGAGCACUUAUUGGGACCUGGACCAUGGACGAAGUUCGUAAAGCUGUAGAAAAGGGUUAUGUUGUGCUUGACAUGUAUGAACUUUGGGAGUAUAAGGUAGACACAUAUGAAAACGGGGGAUUGUUCACUGACUUUAUAAAUAAAUUUUAA